AGUUUACCUAGGAGAUGAGUGUUACGUUUCAUCUGUCAGGAAAAUGGUUGACAUUUCGCUUCUCUCACUUCUGUUCCUCAUCUUUCUUCUUCUCGCCGCUAUCAAAUACAAGAACCGGCGGCUACCUCAACGGAGACCACCUUCUCCUCCUGGCUUUCCUAUCAUAGGUAACUUACACCAGAUUGGAGAGUUGCCACAUCAGUCUCUAUGGAGGCUCUCAAAGAAGUAUGGUCCUGUCAUGCUUUUGAAGCUUGGAAAAGUCCCAACAGUCAUAGUUUCCACCUCUGAAACAGCAAGACAAGCCCUGAAAAUCCAUGACCUCCACUGUUGUAGCCGCCCAGGCUUGGCAGGGCCAAGAGACCUCUCUUACAACUAUCUGGAUAUUGCUUUCUCGCCCUAUGAUGAUUACUGGAAAGAAGUAAGAAAGCUCGCUGCUCAGGAACUUUUCAGUACUAAACAAGUUCACUCCAUUCAGCCUAUAAAGGAAGAGGAGGUCAAGAAGCUUAUCGAUUCAAUCACUGAAUCAGCUUCUCUGAAAACUCCUAUCAACUUGAACAAGACGUGUCUUGCUUUGACUGUAAGCGUGAUUUGCAGGGCAGCAUUUAGUGUGAGCUUUGAAGGAACUGUACUCAACAGUGAUAGUUUCAAUAAGUUAGUCCGUGAAGCACUUGAGAUGUUGGGAAGCUUUUCAGCCUCAGACUUUAUACCGUGUUUCGGAUGGAUCAUAGACUGGUUUACAGGUUUGCAAGGUCGUAGAGAGAAGAGCGUGAGAGAUCUUGAUGCGUUCUAUGAACAAAUGAUUGAUAUGCACAAACAGGAAAAAACACAAGGGAGUGAUGAUUUUGUGGAUCUGCUGUUGAAGUUAGAGAGGGAAGAAGCUGUUCUUGGAAAUGACAAGCUCACAAGAAACCAUAUCAAAGCAAUCUUGAUGAACGUUCUUCUGGCUGGCAUCGAUACUUCUGCAAUAACCAUGACAUGGGCAAUGACAGAGCUCGCUAGGAACCCACAUGUAAUGAAGAAAGUUCAAUCUGAAAUUAGAAACCAUAUGGGGAACAGAUCAACGAUCACCUUAGACGACACAGAUCACUUCAAGUACCUCAAAAUGGUGAUCAAAGAAACUUGGAGGCUACAUCCUACAACACCUAUACUGCUCCCAAGAGAAGUAAUGUCUGAGUUUGAGAUCAACGGUUACACGAUUCCAGUAAAGACACGGCUUCAUGUGAAUGUCUGGGCUAUAGGGCGUGAUCCUGAUACUUGGAAAGACCCUGACGUGUUUCUCCCAGAGAGGUUUGUUGAUAGUGACAUUGAUGCAAAAGGACAGCACUUUGAGCUAUUACCGUUUGGGGGUGGAAGGAGAAUCUGUCCUGCAAUUUACAUGGGGACAACGAUGGUGGAGUUUGGUCUUGCUAAUAUGUUGUAUCAGUUUGACUGGGAGUUACCAAAAGGCAUGAAGGUCGAUGAUAUUGACAUAGAAGAAGCUCCGGGUCUCACUGUCAACAAGAAAAAAGAGCUUCUACUCGUGCCUGUGAAGUAUUAAGUCAUUAGUCUUUUCUAAAGUUCCUCUGUUUAUGUGUGAAGAAUAAAACUGACGUUCCUCUGUUUCUUUCUGUUGAGGAAAUGUCUGACAGAACCAUAUACCAUUUGUGCAAUUUGAUAAAUGGACCAUC